GUGAAAAAGGGCUUCCUUAAAAGCGGCCAGCGGAUCGCACAGAACCGACAGUUUCGAGGAAGGGUUUCGGGUGGUUACAUAAAGGCGAAGUUCGCUCCAAACGGCUGUGCAGAUACAAACUGAUCGAUUCGUUCUACCAAAUGCCUGUACCGGUGGUUUGUCGGUGAGCUGAGAAUUCACAAGUCAAACCUAGCCGGCGGAAGAAGGAGAACGCAAACGGCAGCUAAAGUCCUGUGCUUGCAAGAAGAAGAAGAAGAAGAAGAAAACAAAAGUGAUUACACAGAGAAAAGUAUUUCCCCGCGGUGGAAGUAAGUGUCGAAAGUGUUUGUGCAGACGGCUUGCGUUGACGGUUGAGAGCAGAAAUAGCGUAGCUGCCAUUGUAAAGCAACAAGCCAACAAUCCACCUACAAAAUACACCCACAAUCAAACCUCGGAACCCUCACUACGAUAUACAUCUCGCAAGGAUGAGGAAAUCAUUCACGAGCUUGCGCAGCAGGGAGGAACUUUGCAUUUUUCCCAUCACACAUGUCGCCCGCUGGCUGGCGUACGGGUUGGCAGUGCUGCUGGUUGCCGCCGUUGCACCGCUAGCAGCGCCCGUCAGUGCCGCACCGUUCGAUUUUGGCAUCAGCACGAACUUCUCCUCCUCGAUGGCCGAUUUCAGCGCGCGCCAGGAUGACUUACUGCCGUUCCUUACCGCUGACCAGGACGAUCUGCUUGCCAAUCGAGUCGGCACCGUCAUCGGAGCGUUUGGCAAUACGCUCUCCCAGCUGCUGUUCGGCACGAAUGACGUCAGCACGGAUGUAACGUUCUGGUGUGCAACGACCAAUCAGCCCGAGUACGUCCAGGCGUACGUGGACGAUCCGCGCAUCACGCAGAAGCUCGACCCGUCCAAACCGAUCGCCUUCCUCACGCACGGCUGGACCGACAACGUGAACCGCACCUGGGUGAAGCAAACCGUCGCCGACUACGUGCGGCUGAUCGGUGGCAACAUCUGCGCGGUCGACUGGAGCCCGCUGGCGCUGGUCGAGUACAAUCUGGCCGCCCGCAACACGCCCAAGGUGGGCCGCUACCUCGGCAAGUUCGUGCAGUUCCUGCUGACGAAGGGCUUCAGCAUCAACCAGGUGACGCUGGUCGGGCACAGCAUGGGCGCGCAUAUCUCCGGCAUUGCCGGCGCGUACCUGGGCGGCCAGGUGCCGAGCGUGAUCGGGCUCGAUCCGGCCGGGCCGGCCUUCACCAAGCCGAUCCCGGUGUCGACCGACCGGCGGCUCGAUCGCACGGACGGCCGGUUCGUGCAGGCGAUCCACACGGACAAGAACAUCAUCGGCACGACGAUGAACCUCGGCCACCAGGACUACUACGCGAACAGUGGGGCCAGCCCGCAGCCGGGCUGCGAGUUCCCGCUGGUGAACAACGACACGACCAAGGCGUACCUGCAAUUUAUUUGCAGCCACUUCAAGGCGGUCGAAUACUUCCGCGCAUCGCUCGAUCGGCAGAACAUAUUCGAGGGUACGGCCUGCUCGUCCUACUACAGCUACAAGCGGAACGAUUGUUCCGCCGGCACCAAAGAUGACUUCGGUCUGUUCAAUAACAAAACUGCGUCCGGUUCCUUAUUUAUUGCAAUCGACAAAACUGUCUACCCGUACGCACGGACAGUAGCUAGGAGUGCAAGAAAAUAAAGCAUCUAUUUGUUACCGAAUA